UCCGCUAGGGGGCGCUGUAGUUGCUUUGCAUUUGGGACGGGAGGGAAGAUGAAACCAGUGAAGAAACUUACGGCAGGCCAGUAAUGUACUGAGACUGUCGUUGGCUGAAGCUAAAACGCUAAAUAUAUCAUAAAAUCACAUCUUAUGAGUGUUGCCCAACGUGUUUAACCGGACAGCAUGUCUGUGUAAAAGCACUGGGCAAUAAAAAUAACAACAGCUACAACAACAACGACUAUCUUAUGUUCUUUGUAACAUAAAGUUAAACACGAGGCAAACAUGUCUGAAACCAAAGAUUCUGCGGGAGAAAUAGACCUUGCUAUACUAAAGAGAAAGAGAGGACAAGCUAAAGCAGCUGUAACUAAGAUGAUAACAUCAGCAAACGAAAAAAUCAGAGAAAAUAAGCCAGAAGAAUUAAAGUCAGUGCUGCAGAGCCUCGACUUAGCCCUUGCACAACUGCAGGAGGCACAUAAAUGUUAUCAUUCUCGACUCACUGAUGACAUCGACAGAGAAGAGUCUGAUGCUUAUGAGAAGCUUAUCAUAAGGAACGUUCACGACUUGCGUCAUGAAGCUCUAACCUGGCUGCAAGAAGAAGGAGAUGGAGCUAGUGUCAAUCCAUAUGUUGAUGAUGAGUUGGAUGUCACUACUCAAGUUAAUUUGUUCAGUGAAUCUCCAGCUGACAUAAAUGAUGAAGAUUCCACAUCAGCUGAACUAGAAAAAAUCCAAGCCAUAAGAAAGAAAGAGAAGGAAAACUUUGAGCUGUUGCUUAGACUCAACAAAGAGGAAUUUGAGCUGGAACUUCAGCGACUACAUCACAAGGCUGAGCUGGAUGCACAGAUGCUACAUAAUCAGCAAAAGAUGCAAGCACUAGCGGCAGAUCUCCAUUCUACACCUAAAACUGGAAAAAUUCCUACUACACUGCAACCCUCGCCAUCCCAGAUGGCAGAUGAUUCGAUCUCACAACUGCUAGAGUUCUCAAGGCAGCAGUAUCAAGCCCAAGUGGACAGUCUCAGGCUCCCACCAACAGAUCUAAUCAAGUUUGAUGGUGACCCCCUUCAGUACUGGAAGUUCAUGAGGCUUUUCACUGCAAUGGUGGACAAAGAGUCUGUUUCCGCUGAAGAAAAGUUAACUCGUCUGCACCAAUACACAGAAGGAAAGGCUCGAGAUGCUAUUAGUCACUGUCUAUACAACCCCAAUCCCAGCGCAGGUUUCAAGGAAGCACUCGACCGACUAAAAUCAAGGUUUGGAAAUCCUCAUUCAAUCUCCCAAGCUUGGGUUGAAAAGGUUUUGAACUUUAAAGAAAUAAGAGACAAUAUGCAACUCAGAGACUUUGCAGACCAGCUGAGAGGUUGUAAGGACACGCUUGCUGCCAUGAAAUGUGAGGAAGAGCUCAGUGGUCGCCGCACAUUAUGUGAGAUAAUUAGCAAGCUACCAUCAGAUCUCAAGGCCAAGUGGCUAAAUAAAAUUAUGACAUCACAAAGGAAGGACGUCUACCGAAACUCAACGAUGUUGUCAGCUUUGUGGAGACAGAAGCUGAAAAGAGAUCUGAUCCAGUCUUUGGACUUAGCUGUCUCGACACCUGACGAGGCAGCCAGAUGGGAUCACCUAGCAGACAUCCCUAUUCCCAGCAUCAAGUCCAAUGAUGUGCACCUCGUCAUUGGACAGGAUGCUCCCUGCCUUCUCAGACCUGAAGAGUACCCGUGA